GCCCUGACCGAGACCUGUGCGGGUGAGUGGAGGUCGGGGUCGGGGGGAACCGGCGUCACGGGAAGAGCGAAGAGACCGCCCGGCGGGGACGCGGGGCCCGGGAAGCCCGGUCUCCGCGUUGUCCCCUGUCCUGACCCCCGUGUCCGCCCCUCCGCUCACCCCUCCGUGUCUCGGGUCUCCGGAGCCUCGUUCCCUCCCGGCCCCGGGGUCCCCCCAGGCUCCCACUCCAUGAGAUAUUUCGAUACCGUCGUGUCCCGGUCGGGAGGGGAGCCCCGGUACAUUGAAGUCGGCUACGUGGACGACACGCAGUUCGUGCGGUUCGACAGCGACUCUGCGAGUCAGAGGGAAGAGCCGCGGGUACCCUGGAUGGACAAGGUGGACCCGGAGUACUGGGACCGGAACACGCGGAGAGCCAAGGACAACGCACAGACUUACCGACUGAGCUUGCAGACCCUGCUUGCCUACUACAACCUGAGCGAGGCCGGCUCUCACACCUUCCAGAGCAUGUACGGCUGCGAGGUGGGGUCUGACGGGCGCCUCCUCCGCGGGUACCGUCAGUACGCCUUCAAUGGCCGGGACUACAUCGCCCUGAACGAGGACCUGCGCUCCUGGACCGCGGCCGACAAGGUGGCCCAGCUCACCCAGCGCAAGUGGGAGGCGGCUGGUGGGGCAGAACUACGCAGGGCCUACCUGGAGGAGGAGUGCGUGCAGUGGCUGGGCAUCUACCUGGAGAACGGGAAGGAGACGCUGCAGCGCGCAGACCCCCCGAAGGCACACGUGACCCACCACCCCACCUCGCACCGCGAGCCCACCC